CUGUACAUUGUACCUGGAGGUCACAGCUCAUUACACCUGCCUGCACUCUCACUGCCAGGGAACCUUCAGAACUGAGCAAGCCAUUGUGAUCUUAGGCGACGUUGUGUGACUUUGAAUUGAGGAGUAUCGGACUGCUGAGCUAGGAGAAAGGAUAUGUACACAUGCUGCAUUUAGAACCUCCAAAGGCAGACAGUCAACUCUUUACCACAGUAACACUCUGCCACUGAGAUCUGUGCCACUCACAGGGAGAUGGAACACAAUCUCUGAGCCAUCAUCAAGCUUGCGCUACAAUCCCUUCAAAGUUACCCUGACUAGCCUUCAUUGAAGCCCCCACCCCUAGCCCAAGAUGCCCUCGAAGACAUCACUCUACCUGAAGUCGAACACACUGCGGUCCAGAAAGCCAAAGCGCAGGGAACCGCUGUCCGUCAGCAUGAUCAGCCAACCGCUCGGCGACUUCCGUCACCUUUCCCACAUUGGGAUGGACUCCCAUGGCGACGCCUUCGGUGACCUCUCCUUCCUGAAAAGAGUAAACAGCCUGCCCAACGAGGCCUCGCUCAGCAAACUGGGUCUCGGCCCAGACAACGUCCCGCCACCACCUAAACCCCCCCGCCUUGAACCCGGGGAAGACGCAGAGCCCCAGGGUCACCACGCUAACCAGAGGCACAAGAAGUGCCACUCACUGCCUCUGCUGGACAGUAUGGAGGCAGAUGAGGCAUCCUCGGAGGAAGAGCCCCCACACUUCAUCACUGAACGGCAGGCGGAGUCCACUCAGGAUCUUCCCCCGGAGCCCCCUGUACCGGAGGAUGACCCCCCCUUCUCUCUUAAUCUGGACCUGGGCCCCUCCAUCCUUGAAGAUGUCCUGAGGGUGAUGGACAAACUUAGCCAGUAAUGUGGUCUCCGUUUUCCUACACCAGGUGGUGGGCCUAUUUGUCUGUGGCCAGGAUUCAGUAGCCGAUUCUCCUUAUCCAAACCUGUGUGAACUGUACAUGAUCUGAAUGUGAACCACUGUUGGCUGGCUCAGUGGAAUGAUGCAAGUCGCUAUCCGCCCGUUGUAGUGACAUGAGCCACUAUUAGCGGGCUAGUUCGAGUGGCAUGAGCUACUGUUGGCUGGCUGAGUGGCAAAGGAGUAUUCUUUCCUGUUUCCAAGUGCAAACUGUCAACAUGUGACCCUGCUCUGGUGACAGAGAUUUCCUCUGUACACCUGGAGCAGUCACAUGACAAUAACACGACACACUGAGACAUACACAGUGAAAAAUAUGUUUGAGGGUCUAUAUGGAUAUGUGGUGACUGUCACAUGCCGUGUUUGCACUGUUUCUUUAACAACUGCAUUGGUCUCUCGCGACUACCAUCGAUCUGAAACAUGGAUUCAUUAUGGAGACACCGGGAACAGCUAUUGCUCUUAUUGAUGGAAUCCAAAUUUGUACAUUAAAAUACAGUAAUAAUAUUAAUGUCAAUUUGUGUUGUGUCUCUUAAAACCUUCUACAUGGAUAAGGAGAAAGAGUAUGAGGAUGUUUAAUAUGUGUAGAGUAAGUAAGCUAACAGUUGAGUCUUUUAAAUUAGUUGAAACAACAAAAUACUAACAAUGGUAAAAUGGCAUCAUUUGAAAAUCAGGAAGUUAACAUAAAUGGUUAAUUCAUUAACCAGCUUAUAUCACUGAUGAUGUCACUGAGUGAAAAUACCACAGCAGGUAAGAGAGAGACACGUGAACUAUAUCCUGCUAAAACAUACCCCUUCCUGCUCCCCUGUUAAAUGAUUGUUCCAAAGGUUCAAAGACAAUCUUUCUGUACAAGCAUAAUGCCUGUGUUUGCAACCAAACCAUUAUAAUGCUUUGAUUAUAUGUAUGAGUUUCAAGGUUUAAGGUUGUUUAGGUUCUUGGGUAAAUGUCAAUGUAAUACUCCAAGGGAACACAUUAUAAGUAAAUGUGCCACUUAUAUAAAUCCUAAUUAGCUCUUUCCACCAGUUAAGCACUGCAUUGCCCCAUCUCAUCACCCUGCACUUCCCACACUGACCAUCUGCUCCACUACAAGACUGUUGUACCAACCUAAGGAUCAAAAAAGGUGGUUCUGUGAACCAUCAACCAUCACCAACAAUCAGACCAUGGUCAAAGUCACUGAGACAAUGCUUAAAUCCCUAAUGUCUGAACAAAAAUAAAUCUCUUCUGUAUGUCUGAAUAUUUUAUAUAUUGAGUUGCAGCCACACGAUUUUGGAAGUGCAGGCUUACAGAGUAAAGUGGCCACUCACAGUACAUAUGGUCAGUUGUAGAAGGGGAAUUUUGCAAUUUGGCAAUACUGCUAUACAUACCUUUCAUACAAUUUGGACUUCUCUGACCUCAAAAAUUGGGUAAAAGAAAUAUGUUGAAACCAAUAUGUGCUGUUCACUGAGAAUAGCCUGAUAGCCUUCAGGGAUCUCACAAAAGGUAUCUGUGUUGUGUUAUUUUUUGUCCCUUUCGAUGAAGAGCAGGAAAUGAAGCACUGUGUCGAGCUUAUGCAAUUACCGGGUGAUUUGUGGUAAAUCUUUGGACGACUGCAACUACUGCUAAUACUAUGGUGUUUAAAUAUUUCCAUUUACAAGCUGGUGUACAGGUGUACCUAAAAAAAGUGGUCACUGAGUGUAUAUGAACUAUGCUAGAGGGCAGAGGCUAUUGUGACAUCACGGAAAAUUGUGGACUAUAGCCACUACUGCUAAUACUAUGGAGCAUAAAUAUUUGCAUUUACAAGCUGGUGUACAGGUGUACCUAAUAAAGUUAUCUGAGUGAAUAUGAAAAUGUUGACAUAUAAUAUAUGUAUGUACUGUAAAAAGUGAGAGAGUAAUGGCAGUUUAAGAAACUUGUAAAAAUAAUUAAAUUCAAACUGUCACCACUGUAUAACCUGAACCCUCCCUCCAUUCAUUCCUAUGGGACUUUUUUCCCUGGAAAACCUUAAAUAUCUCAGAAAUGAUUUGGAAUAUCAAAAAGCUAUGAACAAACCCACCAUUUGGGACCAUGCUUGUGCUGAUGUGGGAGGAUUAGGCAGUGAAAAAAACUGUGGAAUAACAGUAGUGUGUUGCUUUGCAAUCACACAAAUAAAUGGCACAAAAGGUUUCCAUAUAUAAGCUUGACUUGAAUUCAUGAAAGAACUGACUAUCCCAACACAACGGUGGCACCUUUUCAAAGACAAGCUUUGUGGGGCUGGGGCAUGGAGUGAAUUUGGUUUGGCAGCAUGGAGAAGGCUGUGACAUUGCAAAAAAAAGAAAGCAUUAAGGUUUGGCCUGCCAACCCAAGGUGCAGAAAGCAUGCCAUCUACUGGUGAAAAUGUGAAAUUGAAUACCACUUUCAUAUGAGUUAUUUCAUAGAAAGGGGUUCCUCUGAAAGGCCAUUCAAAUGAAUACCAUUUGGCUGAGGAGCACACCCAAUUAUUUCUGCUGAGGAUGGUGCAACCAGUUACAUUUAAGGGGCACAUUUUUACAGGGGUGAUAUAGGUGCUUGAUAAUAUUUUUCCUUAAAUAAAUUAAAUGAUUUGUAACAAA